AUGGGUUUCCAUUGCAAAGCAUCAAAAAAUUCUCAUCUUCAUUCUUCAAUAUUAUUAUUUCAAAUCAUCAAGAUACUAUUAGUUCUUCCUAAACCUACAAAUUCGAUCUCCUUUAACUUCCCAAAUUUCGCAAAGAAUGAUUCUCGAAUAAAUUUCCAAGGAGAUUCAUUCAGGAACGGGAGCGUCAUUGAAGUCACCAGGACCGAUGCUAAUCUUUUCACUCAGCUUAAUGGUAGUAUAGGCCGUGCCGUAUACGCAGAAGCUAUACAACUUUGGGAUGCAACCACUGGAAGGAAGACAGACUUUGAUACACAAUUCUCAUUCAUCAUUGAUGGACAUAAUGCGAUUACUUCUGGUGAUGGUAUGGCUUUUUUUCUGGCACCUUUCGGGACUAUACUUCCUCCAUAUUCUUGGGGUCACGCUCUUGGCUUACUAAAUCAGGACAUAUCUCUAAAGCCUUUGGCGGAAAAUCAAAUUGUUGCGGUCGAGUUUGACAGUUUUAGAAACCAUUUCGAUCUAAAUUCAGACCAUGUUGGUAUCAACGUUAACUCGGUACUAUCUGAGACUACUGUGCUAUUAGCAAAUGGUAGUAUAAGGGAUGGAAGAAAAGCUAAUGCUUGGGUAACUUAUAAUUCUACUACAACUAAUUUGAGUGUUAUUCUAAGUUAUGGUGAAAAUCCUGUUUUCAACGGGAGUUUUACUUUGAAUCAUGUUGUCGAUCUAAGCAAAGUUCUACCUGAGCAGAUUACUGUUGGAUUUUCAGCAUCCACCGGCAUAGUUUUUGAAGAUCAUAAACUCCUUUCCUGGCAAUUCAAUUCCACUUUAGAACUUAUCCAUACAAGAAGAGAUAAUAAAACUAGUGAAGGACAAGCUGAUAUUAAUGGAGAAGGAAAUGCAGACUUGUCAAUGAACGAUGCAUUUGAAAAUGGAACAGGACCGAAGAGGUUCUCGUAUAAAGAACUGAUUAACGCAACGAGUAACUUCAAUGAAGGAGAAAAACUUGGAGAGGGAGGAUUUGGAGGAGUUUACAAAGGCUUCUUGAGUGAUUUAAAUUUGAAUAUAGCUGUUAAGAGAGUCUCACAAGGUUCAAAACAAGGAAAAAAAGAAUACCAGUCGGAAGUGAAGAUUAUUAGCCAAUUACGUCACCGAAAUCUGGUUCGUCUCAUAGGUUGGUGCCACGAAAAAAAUGAAUUACUUCUCGUUUAUGAGUUCAUGCCAAAUCGUAGCCUUGACAGACAUUUAUUUCGAGGUGAAAGUGUUCUUUCUUGGGAUGUCAGGUACAAAAUAGCUUUUGGUUUGGCUUCUGGGUUGCUAUAUCUACAUGAAGAGUGGGAACAAUGUGUAGUUCACAGAGACAUUAAACCAAGUAAUGUCAUGUUGGAUUCAAAUUUUAAUGCUAAACUUGGUGAUUUCGGUUUAGCAAGGCUUGUUGAUCAUGAUCUAGAUUCUCAGACAACGAUGUUAGCCGGAACCAUGGGUUACAUAGCACCAGAAUAUAUUUCUACGAGUAAAGCAAGUAAAGAAUCAGAUGUUUAUAGCUUUGGAAUCGUUGCACUCGAGAUUGCUUGCGGAACUAGGGGUGUCAAAGUAGAUUGGAUUUGGGAACUCUACCAAAGUGGAAAGAUCAUUGAAGCUGCCGAUGAGAGACUGAAUAAGGACUUCGAUGAAAAAAAAAUGGAACGUUUGCUGGUCUUAGGAUUAUGGUGUGCCCAUCCUGAUCCUACAACUAGACCUUCUAUUAGGCAAGUGAAUCAUCUUCUUAAUUACGACACCUCAAUGUCUAAUCUUCCAGCAAAGCUGCCUUCUCCGGUAUAUGAUAGUGAUCCAAAAAUGCGUAUAUGUAAGCAUGCUUUUGUUUCAGCUUCUGGUGAUAACUCGAAUUCGCUGACAAAAGGUAGUCCAUGCAAAUGCAGUAGGUGUUCGGACACCAGUCUGUCCCAGACGUCGACGAACCCUUCUGCUUCCUCAUCAGAUCUUCUCUUACAUUCUUAAUUGAUACAUCAUUUACAUGUUUUUUGUUUCUACUAGUUAUAUGUGGCAGUUUUUAUGAAUCAACUUAAAAGUAUCUCUUUCCAGGCUCCUGAAGAUUCUUUCCAGGGCUUCCUUUAUCCUUUUACUGGACUUUUCGUUUUUCUAUGUAUUGGGUUGUAUGCCGCCUCUCACAACUGUUACUUAGUGAGUUGCGUUUCUACUACAUUUUACUUGAGGUUUCUUACUGAAAGUAAACAGGGGUUUUGUACUUGUACUUAUUCAAUAAUAUAAAAUUUUA